ACCGCCUCCAUCGACCCCAAGUCCCCAACGCGCCCAGCCUCAUCUGUUUCCCCUCCGUCCUGAAACGCCGCCACAGCAACGGCGUUGGCCGACCCAUCGCCGCCAAGCCGCUGCGCCGCAUUUUACUCAUUUCGUGGUAAGCAGGGUGAUCCAAGUGAAGCUCUAGCUGGAGCAGAGAAUGAGUUGAGCAUCAGCGGCAGGGCGGCGCAUCCCAUGGAGAUAUUACUCGCACUGGAUUAUGUGCGCCUAUCAGCAUUCGCUAUUUUGCUGGUUUGGGUCAUAGGAAAAAUUGUCAUACUGAAGAACAGACAACAUGAGACAGGGAGCGGUGUCAUGGUUUCACCAGAAAGGAAGGGGGUGACCCCACUCCCAUCACACAUAAUUGCAGUCUGCAAUGCCUCAGUCACGUCAAUAUAUAUUGGCUUUGCUGUACUUGGAGUUUGGAAGGACCAAACUAUCUCAUUGGGCUUCAUCUUUUCAUCACUGUCAUGGCUUCUGGUGACUCUAUUCUCACUCUACUGCAAACACAAAGGAGCAGGAGUGGUAUCAAACUGGCCUGCAGUUCUUGUUUCUUGGUGGGUCUUCAGCUCCCUGUCAGAAUCCCUCCUCACUUCAUUGCAUUUGCUACACCUAAUCAACUCUGCACCUGUCGUUAAUUUCACUUCGCUACCCUUCUGCGCUAUCAUAUGUCUGUGUCUAGUUGCAACAGCCAUGAGAAUUUCUAAAACAAACCAUGAAGAAGAACUGAAACAACCGCUUAUCAGAGAAGAUAGUGGAGACAGCAGCAGGGACAGGUUAUCCAGCUCUGGGUGGUGGAGUCAGCUUACAUUCCAGUGGUUGAACUUGGUCUUUGAGAAGGGACACAAGGUGCGACUCGAGCUUGAACACCUCCCAUCCGUUCCUCAGUCAGAGACAGCAGAGCAGUCGUAUGCAUUGCUUCAAGAAACACUGCACAAGCAGAAACCUGAGCCGAUGUCUCUACAAAGGGCCAUCAUUUGUGCUGUUUGGACACCUUUGGUCAUCAAUGCAGUUUUUGCAGGGCUUAACACUUUAGCUUCUUAUAUGGGACCAUUCUUGAUCACUUAUUUAGUGGAGCUGCUCUCCGACAAGAACCCUGACAGAGGCCAUGGACAUGGAUACAUACUUGCAAGCCUCUUCUUGAUAUCAAAGACAGUAGAGUCACUGUCACAGCGGCAGUGGUACUUUGGUGCUCGUAGAAUUGGAUUUCGGGUGCGUGCAGCGCUGAUGGUGUCCAUAUACAAGAAAUCCCUGAUGAUAAAGAAUUCAACUACAGGGACAGGAAAAAUUGUGAACUUCCUUGAUGUCGACAUAGAGAAGAUUGGUGAGUUUUUCUGGUACAUCCAUGGAAUUUGGUUGCUGCCCUUGCAAGUCUCACUGGCACUUGUUAUCCUGUACAAUAGUCUUGGGAUGGCGGCUUCAGUCUCUGCACUUAUUACAACAGUGUUGGUGAUGGUGAGCAACACACCACUGGCAAAGUCACAGAAGAACCUCAACGUGAAGAUCAUGGAGGCGAAGGACUCACGGAUCAAGGCCACAGCUGAGGCACUGAAAAGCAUGAGGAUUUUGAAGCUGCAUGCAUGGGAGACAGCCUACUUGGACAAGCUUCUGAAGCUCAGGGAUGUGGAGAGGGCGUGGCUCAGAAGGUAUCUGUACACAUGCUCAGCAAUAGCCUUCCUCUUCUGGGCAUCACCAAUGUUGGUCUCAGUUGUCACCUUUGGCAUCUGCAUUCUUGUAGAUGUUCCAUUGUCAGCAGGAACUAUACUAUCAGCUCUUGCUACUUUCAGAAUCCUCCAAGAUCCAAUCCAUAACCUUCCAGAGCUAGUGUCAAUGGCCACACAAACCAAGGUGUCCUUAGAUAGAAUCGAAGAGUUCAUCAAAGAAGACCAACAUGGGAAGCCAAAUAGUUAUGGCAACAGAAGUAGCACAGAGAAGCAGUCUGUGGCUGGCAUUGUGGAGAUUGAAGCAGGACAAUACAGCUGGGAAGCCACUGACAACAUCUUGAAGAAGACAAAGUUCACUCUGAAGAUCGAUAGAAAGAUGGACAUCAUGAAUGGUCAAAAGGUUGCAGUGUGUGGAUCAGUUGGCUCAGGAAAAUCAAGUCUCCUUUGUGCCAUCAUGGGUGAGAUUCCAAGGGUCAGCGGUGCAGAAACAACGGUUGUUGGAUCAAGGGCAUAUGUCCCGCAGAGUGCAUGGAUUCAAACCGGGACAAUUCAGGACAAUGUGCUUUUUGGGAAGGCCAUGGACAAGGCCCAAUACGAUGAAGUGCUACAAGCGUGUGCUUUGGAUAAAGAUGUUGAACUGUGGGCUAAUGGAGACAUGACUGUGGUAGGGGAAAGAGGCAUGAACCUGAGUGGAGGCCAGAAGCAGAGGAUUCAGCUCGCCAGAGCAUUGUACAGUGAUGCUGAUGUUUACCUCUUGGAUGAUCCCUUCAGUGCUGUUGAUGCGCACACCGGAGCACACCUUUUCAAGGAAUGCUUAAUGCGACAAAUGUCCUCAAAGACAGUCAUAUAUGUAACUCACCAGCUAGAGUUUCUGCGAGAUGCGGAUCUUGUUUUGGUCAUGAAAGAGGGAAGAAUUGUCCAAUCAGGAAAAUAUGAUGAUUUAAUAGCAGACAAAGAUGGUGAGCUCUCAAAGCAAAUGGACGCGCAUAACAAGUCUCUUAGCCAGGUAACCCCUGCACAAGUUCAUGGCUUGACUAGAAACAAAAAACACAAGAACAAGCAAAAGGAGCUCACAGAGAUAGAGCCAGAUCACAAUGUGCUAGGAAGGGAAAGUGAGGAAGAGCGCGAAUCUGGAAGGGUCAAAUGGGGUAUCUACCACAAGUUUGUUACCUCAGCCUAUAGGGGAGCUCUCAUUCCUGUGAUUCUUGCUUGCCAAGUCCUUUUCCAGGCGCUGCAGAUAUGUAGCAACUACUGGAUUGCAUGGGCAUCAGAGAGUCAAGAACAAGUAAGCAGAGAGAAGAUGAUUGGUAUUUUUGUGCUGUUAUCUGCAGGAAGCUCGGCAUUUAUAUUGGGGAGAGCUUUUGUCCUAUCAGCAAUUGCAAUUGAAACUGCUCAGCAGCUCUUCUUAAGCAUGAUUAAAAAUAUAUUCCGAGCACCAAUUAAUUUUUUUGAUUCCACUCCAUCAAGUCGAAUCCUAAAUAGGGUUUCAACAGAUCAAAGCACACUCGACAUAGACAUUCCUUACAGGCUAGCAGGGCUAAUAUUUGCACUAAUUCAGCUCCUCAGUAUCAUUUUCAUUAUGUCCCAAAUCGCUUGGCCCAUAUUCUUUUUAUUCAUAAUAAUAAUAAUUAUAUCCACUUUCUAUCAGAGUUAUUACAUCAGUUCAGCGAGAGAGCUAGCAAGGUUGGUUGGCAUUAAGAAGGCUCCAGUUCUCCACCAUUUCUCUGAGACUGUAUCGGGGGCUGCAACAAUUAGAUGCUUUAAUCAGGGAGAAAAUUUCUUCAGAAAGAGCCUUGCACUAAUAGAUGACUACUCCUGCAUCACUUUCCAUAAUGCAGCAGCAAUAGAAUGGUUGUGUGUCCGUAUCAACUUCCUCUUCAACCUUGUAUUCUUUGUGAUGCUAGCCAUCCUUGUCUCCCUGCCUCGUAAUAGUAUUGACCCAAGCCUUGCAGGGCUUGCAGCAACCUACGGUCUCAACCUUAAUGUCUUACAAGCAUGGGUUAUAUGGAACUUGUGCGAUGUUGAGAACAAGAUGAUCUCAGUAGAGAGAAUUCUGCAAUUUUCAAACAUACCAAGUGAGUCUCCUUUAGUGAUUGAAGAGUACAAACCAACUGAAAUAUGGCCAUGGUACGGAACAAUUCAGAUAGAUGGUCUCCAAAUCAAGUACAACCAUGACAUGCCGAUGGUGCUCAAAGGUAUAAGUUGCACAUUUCCUGGAGAGAGAAAAAUUGGAGUGGUAGGGCGAACAGGGAGUGGGAAGUCUACUCUCAUCCAGGCUUUGUUUCGUAUUGUCGAACCGUCUGCGGGACGGAUAAUCAUAGAUGGAGUGGAUAUAUCACUUAUGGGACUACAUGAUUUACGGUCUAGACUAAGUAUUAUACCUCAAGAACCAACUCUCUUCCAAGGCACUGUCAGAUCAAACCUAGAUCCUCUACAACAACAUACUGACGCAGAAAUAUGGGAGGUUGUUCGUAAAUGCCGCCUCGAGGAGAUUAUUAGAGAAGACAAUAGACUGUUAGGAGCGCCAGUUGUCGAAGAUGGAGGGAACUGGAGUGUGGGGCAAAGGCAGCUUGUCUGCUUGGCCAGAGUGCUGCUAAUGAAAAGGAAAAUACUCGUUUUAGAUGAAGCUACAGCUUCAGUUGAUACUGCAACUGACAAUAUUAUCCAAAGGACUAUAAGGCAAGAAACAAAGAGUUGCACGGUCAUAACAAUUGCACAUAGGAUUCCCACUGUGAUCAACAGCGACCUAGUUCUUGUGCUUGGUGAAGGUAGGAUACUAGAGUAUGAUUCUCCGAACAAUCUCCUGAGAGACGAAUCGUCUGCUUUUUCAAAGCUGGUGAUGGAGUUUGUGGGAAGGACAGAAGACAUUAACCAGAGAUGACUUGCAGACAUCAAGCAAUCAUUAACCAUUUGACUGGACAUAGACCUGUGUAAACACCAUGACAGUGUAGAAGUUACACCAGGUAAUGGGAAAUUUUGAUCCGUGCAUGACGACUAGACCAGUAAUCUAAAGAUAGUUACUUGAUAGCAAGUAACCUUCUUAUUAAUCCUAGUGGACAGCUUCUUAUGGUGGUUGUUCAUAUCAAAUUGACAACCACGGGAAUCUUAGAUUGGUGCACCUUCAUUGCGACGAACACAACUGGUUGUAACUUGUAACCGAACAAUUUGUGAAUUUGUUAGCCAUGAUUGUUUCUACUGGAA